AUGGACUCUGUGGCGAUGAACGGUACUGUUGAUACGGCAGCUUGUACUCCAAAUACGCUGGAUAGUGUUUUUUCAGACAACCAAUCUCGCAGUAAUGGGUCCUCGUCCGUUUCACCUGAUUCGAGGUAUUCAUAUACACCGACUGAGAGUCUGGACUCAUAUACCACAUCAAAGGCUCUUCCGCCAGAAAAUUGUUUUUUUGCCGAUGGCGUAGAUGCUGAGUUAGCUAGAAUGGCCAAUGAUCUGACACAGGAAGAGGAUUUAUCUCGUGGAGUAACUUCUCAACCUGCAAUGGCAGUUUCAGCCACAAUCCCUGAGCCACUUUCCAAGCCCACUCCACUUCUACUUCCGUCCUUUAUUUCCUCUUAUUUGUCUGAAUUUCCCACUGACAACGCUCCGUCGACAAAUGACAAAGCAUCCCAAAACUUUUCUACUCAAAUCAAUUCCAGCAUUCCGGGAGCUAUAUUUCACAAUAAUCACGACGUUGUUGGUCCGGCAGUUCCUUGUUGCGACCAAUCAGUGCAGCGGGAUCCGAAGUUGCACGCUGACGGGAUCCCGGUCACUUUAAAAUUACAAAACGCUACUGUCGUUAAAUCAUCGAAGAGAACUCUCUCAAAUCAAGGUGAUGCUAAUCCCUUAAAGCGGAGUUGCAGACACCCAUAUUCAGAAAAAGAAGAACCAUCUAAAGCGACAACACAACAUAAUACUACCAAAUUAAUUGAGCAUGAUGGUGGCUUGGAGAAAUGCUUCUCUGUUCUCAAACAAAACUACUUGAGCCUUUGCUCGGAAUACAAUAAUUUACUUACCGACUAUAAUGACACACAGCGAGAGAAAAAAAAUCUUAAGGCACAGAACAUGGAACUGAAGGGUUUGAUGGACGGCCUUUUGCAUGAAUUAAAUGUUCUUAGAAGCCAGAAAAGAAGAGAGAAUCGGAAUGUUUCUAACGGCAUUUUAUCUGAAAAGUUACUUAUUGAUAUGAAUGCCGAUAGUUAG